AUGACAUCAAAACAACAACGAAAUACAACUGCUGCUAGAUCAGAAAACGAUAUAAGAAAUACUGAAGAAGGUUUUGGUGCAUGUGGUUGGGCUCUUGUUGUAUUAUCCUAUAUUAUGUGUGCAUUGACAUUGCCAUUUUCACUUUGUGUUGCUGUGAAAGUUGUACAAGAAUAUGAACGAGCAGUUAUUAUGCGUCUUGGUCGAAUUCUUCCUGGUGGUGCCAAAGGUCCAGGUUUAUUCUUUGUUUUACCAUGUGUUGAUACAAUAAUGAAAAUUGAUUUACGAACUGUGACUUUUGAUGUUCCUCCUCAAGAAAUUCUUACACGAGAUUCAGUGACAGUUUCAGUAGAUGCUGUUGUCUAUUUUCGAAUAUUUAAUCCAAUAAUUAGUGUAACAAAUGUUGAAAAUUCUCGUUAUUCAACACAAUUACUUGCAGCAACAACACUUCGUAAUAUUUUAGGUACAAAAACUUUACAAGAAAUUUUAUCUGAUCGUGAAAAUAUUUCACAUUCAAUGCAAGUUCAUCUUGAUGAAGGAACUGAUCCAUGGGGAGUUAAAGUUGAACGUGUUGAAAUCAAAGAUGUUCGAUUGCCUGUCAGUAUGCAACGUAGUAUGGCUGCUGAAGCUGAAGCUGCUCGAGAAGCUCGCGCGAAAGUUAUUGCCGCUGAAGGUGAACAAAAAGCAUCACGAUCAUUAAAAGAAGCUGCUGAUGUAAUUAAUGAGAGUCCAAUUGCAUUACAAUUACGUUAUCUACAAACAUUAACACAUAUAUCAGCGGAAAAAAAUUCAACAAUUGUUUUUCCAAUACCUGUCGAACUUUUAAGAUUAGUGAAAAGUCGAGGUCCAAGUGCAUCUACUGGCUUUUGA